GUGGGUCAAGGUUUACAAUAGAAUAAGCCAAGUUACAAUGGUCCAGGACUGUGAAAGAAGAAAUUAAGCAGGGCUAUGAGAGUCCAGUGUACCAAUUCUCUCUUGGGGCAAAAGAGAUGAGUUCGAAUUCCUCCAAAUCGUCUGGUUCAAAAUCAAAGCGAAGCUUCAAUUCCAACAAUUCCAGCAACAAGAAAACGAAGAGUAGCACCAAUCAGAAAAACCUAGGCGUCUCUUGGGGCGCCAAUUCUCUCUCCUCGUCUCGCUCCUCCUUCCAGGGAUCCCCAUUUCCCGAUUUCGGAAGUUACAUGGUGGAGAAGAACCGGAAACUUCAGAAUCAGUUUGAUACCGAAGCUUCGAGUUCUUUGAGUUCCGAGAAGAGUGUUUUUCGUGGGGUUUCGAUUUUUGUAGAUGGUUUCACGGUGCCUUCUAGUCAGGAACUGAGAGCCUACAUGUUGAAUUAUGGUGGGAGAUAUGAGAAUUACUUUUCGAGACGUCAUGUUACACAUAUCAUCUGCAGUAAUCUGCCUGACAGUAAAAUAAAAAAUCUGAGGUCUUUCAGCGGAGGGCUCCCAGUUGUGAAGCCUAACUGGAUUGUGGAUUCAGUUGCGGCUAACAAACUCUUGAGUUGGGUUCCUUACCAACUUGAACAGGUUGCCUGUAACCAACCAAGGUUGUCAGCCUUCUUUUCUCCAAAGAUAAUUCCGGACUCUGAUGAUGAUCUGAGAGAUUCAUAUGAUCAAGUAAAACCUGAAAGUGGGGAUAUGUCUUCAGUAGGACCCAGGUUAGAAGAUUGUAACAAGUCAGUAUGCAGAUCCACUGAACAUCGACUGGAAAGUAGUGGAGAAUUUGAUUAUAUGAUAUAUGAAAACACCAAUGAACAAUUUGGGAAGGAGUCGUAUACAGGUGAAAAUGAUUCUGAAAUUAAACAAGAAGAAUCGCCUACUUCAGAUGCAGAAGAUAUUGUCAGUACAAAGGAUGAACUUAAAUCUAGUACCCACCAGCACUCUGCUUCAGUGAGCAGCAACUGCUUACCAAGCUCAGAAAAUAUUGGGUCUAGUCGAAGUCAUUCAACUCUUGGGGAUCCCAAUUUUGUGGAAAAUUAUUUUAAGAGUUCCAGGCUGCACUUUAUAGGAACCUGGAGAAAUCGGUAUCGCAAGCGUUUUCCUAGUUCGUCUAAAGGGUUGGACAACAUAGAUUCUAACCAUUGUGCUCCUGAUAGUUCUCCGAAAACUCCCAUUAUACAUAUUGACAUGGACUGUUUUUUUGUGUCCGUGGUCAUCAGACAAUGCCCUGAACUUAAGGAUAGACCUGUAGCUGUUUGUCAUUCUGAUAAUCCAAAGGGCACUGCUGAAAUUUCAUCUGCAAACUAUCCGGCUCGAGAUUAUGGAGUGAGGGCUGGGAUGUUUGUCAGAGAUGCUAAGGCUCGUUGUCCACACCUUGUCAUUCUUCCUUAUAAUUUUGAAGCAUAUGAGGAGGUAGCUGAUCAGUUCUAUGACAUUCUGCAUAAGCACUGCAGAAAAGUACAAGCAGUAAGCUGUGAUGAAGCAUUUUUAGAUGUCACAUACUUGGAAGGGGUAGAUACAGAUAUGUUAGCGUCAACUGUAAGACGAGAGAUUUUUGAGACUACUGGAUGCAGUGCAAGUGCUGGCAUAGCUGGAAAUAUGCUCAUGGCUCGCCUUGCAACAAGAACUGCUAAACCAGAUGGUCAAUGCAACAUUCCACCCGAAAAGGUGGAUGAUUAUUUACAUGAACUUCCCAUCAAGACGCUUCCAGGAAUAGGGCACGUUUUAGAGGAGAAGUUGAAGAAGCGAAAUGUUUUGACGUGUGGACAGUUGCACACAAUUCCUAAGGAUUCUCUUCAAAAGGACUUCGGAAUAAAAACUGGGGAGAUGUUGUGGAAUCAUAGUAGAGGCAUAGAUAAUCGGCUAGUUGGGGUGAUUCAGGAGAGUAAAUCUAUUGGUGCUGAAGUGAAUUGGGGUGUGAGAUUCAGAGAUUUGAAAGAUAGUCAUCACUUCCUUUCAAAUCUUUGCAAGGAGGUUUCUUUACGCUUGCAAGGAUGUGCAGUGCAGGGCCGUACUUUUACCCUUAAGAUUAAGAAAAGAAGAAAAGAUGCACAGGAGCCCGUGAAGUAUAUGGGAUGUGGAGACUGUGAAAACUUGAGUCACUCUGUAACGGUUCCAGUUGCUACUGAUGAUGUUGAAGUGCUCCAGAGAAUAACAAAGCAGCUCUUUGGGCAUUUCUCUUUAGAUGUCAAGGAGAUUCGAGGUAUUGGUUUGCAAGUUUCCAAGCUUGAGAGCAUAGAUGCUUCAAAGCAAGGACUUGGAAAAAACUCUUUUAAAUCAUGGCUACAAUCUGCCAAAGCAAGUACAGAAGAACAAUCCAAUAUUUAUUCUAUAGAUGAUGGGGAGAAGAAGCAUGCAGGCCCGCUAUGCGAAACUUCACUUCAUAUUCAAGCUGCAGUAGACAAUCAUCGGUCUAGUGGUGAAACUUCUGCGAACCAGGUUUCAGCAGCACCACCUUUAUGUCAUCUUGAUUUAGGAGUUAUUGAAAGUCUUCCUCCAGAAAUUUUUACAGAAUUAAACGGGAUCUAUGCUGGCAAGUUGGUUGAUUUUGUUGCAAACAAUAAACGAGAAUUGAGUGCAACAGCAUCACAUGAACGAGUAGAUGGUACAAAUAACGGGAGUGAGAGACAUCUCUUCAAUGAUAUGCGUCUACGGGAUGAAAUUGUAUCAGAACCCAAGCAUACAGUCGUAGAAAAGCAAGCAAUGCCGUCUUCUGUGGGAGGGUCCUGUGAUGUGGCAGUUUUGACAUCAGAGCUUGGAAAUACUGAUAUUAUGCCUGCAUCUUUAAGUCAAGUAGAACCCUCGGUGUUGCAAGAAUUGCCUCAAGAACUGAGAGCUGACUUACUUGAGCAGCUUCCUGCACACAGGACAUCUGACUUGGCUUCAAGUGCUGCCUCGGUCUCUCUUGCUAAGAUACCUGGAGAAUCAAUUGGUUUGAGGGAAAAAAAUCUUUCUAGAUCAAAUGAUCUUGCAUUUAACAACAAUCUUUGGAUGGGAGAUCCUCCACAGUGGGUUGAAGAGUUCAAAGCCGGCAAAUGCAUGAUAUUAAAUAUUCUUGCUGAGAUGUAUGACAAAUCAGGGUCAAGGGGAACUUUAUCUGUAAUUCUGCGCAGUACUAUCAUGAAAUGUCAACACCCCCUAGAUUCAAGUUCUGACUGUUGGAUUCAAGCUGUAUAUAGCUUCUCUGAGCUUCUCAGGCAGUACGUUACUUUAAAGAUUGACUCAGAUCUUGAAGAGAUCUAUGUUUGUUUUCGGCUUCUGAGGAGGUUUACAACAAAGUCAAAGUUUUUCUUACAAGUAUACAGUGAUGUAUUUCCUUACCUUCAGGCAUCUUUCACUGAUAGCUAUGGAGGAAACUUGCAGAUUUAGAUUUAUGCUUCUUGUUAGUCUUCUCCUACUGACUGAUCUUUAAAACCCAAAGAGCAAUAUCUCUGGAAGGUGAAACGUGAGAUCCUAACAUUGAUCCCUGGUAGAUAGGAAGCAUUUUGGAGCACAACUUCUGGUAAAUUGUUCACUUGGCGGAGAUUCUUGUUCCUGCCAUGUCUAUGCUUGGAAAUGCAUAAUCAUGGCAAAUAUUGGGGAUGCACUUUUCAACCGUGCUAAAAUAAUUUGUGAAAGGUUCUCGAAGGUAAAUGAAUGGUAGAAAAGAAUUGGCCAUCAUUGAAGAGUAUACAUAUCCUGAAUCUGUGUGUGUUGGAAUCAAAUACGGUACUGAUCAAGGGAGGUGACAGGUGGUUCAGGAUACCAAAUCAGCAAGAGAACUCCUGGUAUGGCCAACAGGGGUCUCCAC